AUGGAUCUGGUCUACGCGUUUCCCAAUGACUUCAUUUUCCAGAGUAUCUUUGCAGUUGGCAGAGUCAAAAACGACCGAGUUGUAAUACACGAUCACAGCACAGGCCAAUCGGCAACUGUUCCUCAACUGUUACGGGAUGUCGGGAAGGUUAAGCAACAACUAGCCCAGCAACUCGCUGCGCAUACACUACAUGAGAUGCAGAAUGGUGCCGAAACAUGGUUUGGUCUGUUAAUUCCACCUGGAUAUAACUUUGUCGUCGGCUUAUUAGCUGUCCUUGCACUUGGUGCCGGGGUUGUCCCUCUUUCUACAGACAUACUGCCGGAGGAAGCAGUUUACUUCGCACGGACAGCCAAUUUCAGAACAAUCCUCUACGGCUCCAGUUUACAAGGUCUUGUGGAGGAUACAGCUAGUAACUAUCGCCAUAAGCAUGGAAAGUCGAUUGAUACCCUGGCAAUCGAUUCACUCGAUCCAGGCAACUCACUUGCUGAUGCUUGCAUCCUAGACAAGGACGUCUACCUGGAUCCCAGCUUUUGUCCUGACGAAGCAUCGUCUGGGUAUCUCACAUUCACAUCCGGCACCACCGGCCUCCCAAAGGGCGUCGUCCAUACGAGAAAGUUUUUCCGGACUCAAGUCUUGCUGGGCGCUCAUGGUGACCUCACCGAACUUAGCAUCAUGCCACUACACUGGGCAGCGGGAAUGAUAGCCCUGGCGUCCAACAUCACCAGGGGUGUCCGCAUCGAGUUCUGCCGCUCUGUAUACUCACCUGACUGGCUUUUGAACCGGAUAAAGGAGCCCGGCCGUUAUCGAUUGCUUGGUGCUCCGGCUGUUUGGGCCGCUCUGGAGCAAGCUCUUCUCAAACAUGUAGAAGUCUCGUCAUUAUGUGACAUCAAUCCCGGCGGGAAGGCCGAGAGUGAGCUGAGGGAGAGAAUGCAGUACCUUUCCGCCGCAGGCAGUGGGGGAUCGCCGGUUCCAUCUGGUGUUUUCCAAUUCUUUGCGCGGAUCCUUACUGGAUGCGAGUUGACGGAUUUCUAUGGCUCAACCGAAAUUGGCCACAUCUUUGCUUAUGCCACGUUCAAAGAAAAACUGGUUCAUGGUGACGUCUGCAUAUCCCCUCCUAUACAUUUGUUGGUUGUUUACGAGCCUUUAACGCUUUAUCAGCAUUUCCUCGGUACGCUGCCUGAUCAUGUCGCUGCAAAAGUGAGUCAUGAAGGGGAAUUAUACGUCAAGUCAGAUCCAAUGUUUAAGGAAUACCUCUCAGACCCUGGGAGAACCCGUGCUGCAGUGGAUGACGACGGUUAUUUCAAGACUGGUGAUUCGGGCUACUUGAAGGGCAGGGAAUUCUACGUCGAGGGGCGGUUUGGUUUUGACGUUAUACGCUUCGACGGCUGGAAGAUCCUUGCACGUGAGGUUGAGGAUGAACUUCUCCGACUGCCACAUGUCAAAGAAUGCCUCGUUCUCCCGGUUGCUGACAAGCUGUGUGGCCAACGAGUCGGCGCUAUUAUCCACAUUCCAGUAUCAGAGGACAGUGCUCGAGUAGGUUACUCGCUUCCAGAUGUGCGGUCUACAAUGGCAGACAAUCUAGCAAUAUACAAGCUCCCCACCGUGCUUGCAACUACGAUCUGGCCGCUCCCUCGAACGGCUUCUGGAAAGAUGGCUAAGCAGAAGGCGCAAGAAGAGUUCUUCCCAAAGGGGUGUCUUGAUGGCCAACACCCAGAAUUACAGGUCUGGGAUCUGGAACAUGGGCAACAGCCCAGGGACAGACGCGCGUGGGACUGGGCGGGCAUCAAUGCUGGAUGA